CCUCGUUUUCGCUUCAACUCACAAGACUGUUGACAUCAAUACCAUGGGAGUUUUUGUCACUACGAGGCUCGUCGCGAUCACAAACUCCUCCCCGGUCUAAAUCUGAGCAACGGCAAUGACGUCUGGGCUUGACCUAUCACAAAGGGUGCCACGAAAUCUCCUGAAUCACCCAAUCCUCUUAUGCCAGUGUCGACUUCAGUUAAUAAUCCAGCUUGCGUCUGUGUCGUCUUAAUGUUCAUGUAGCAACUAUCAGAGGACCCGGUAUCUCAGUAGACAGUGUUUGCGCUGCCGAUACCGCUUCAUAUCGCUGAUAGCCUCAUUUCAGGGAUUCACCCGGCCGAACUCCCUGCUCGGAGAAACAUCGAUUCUGUGUUGUUCUUCUCAAGAAAAGAAAUACGCAAGAAAAAGAAAGAGAGGUGCCGCAGCGAAGGCGACCUCCAAGGCAUAAACAAGUCGAACGCUGCCAAAACUGGACAAGGAGUUAGAAAAGUGGUCAAGGUUGGACGCUAGUGGACACUUUAAAGAUCGCCUUCUUCUCUUGAUAAAACGGAACGUUGAAGUACGAGAGGACGUCGAAUUUACUGCGGGGCAGUUAUCGUCAGGCUGAAAGAAUUUGAUUGGAUUUUUGUAGUCAUAGUGUAAGCAUGUAAGAACAUAAUUAAAACAAUAGUUUUCUGUGCUCAAUUAGAAAAGAAGGACUACAGAUAAGAAGAUAUCUUUGUGAUCGGUUGACCACCAAACGAUUUUCAAAUGCUUCCGCACUGUCAACAAAUCCAGUAAAACAGACGACAGACUUCAAAUGCACUAUGGAUCCUAAAUACAAAAAGAUUCUGGACGAAAAUCGAGUGUUGUUGGCCAGAAACAUAAUUCCGACAAAGGAGUUCUACGACAGACUGCAAAAACAGAAUGUCCUCACUGAGUCCAUGCUCUCCAAUAUAGCGAGUAAAACUGAUAAAGAAUCCAGUCCGUUAAGACGGGCGCAUCUGCCAACGAAUGUGGUCAACAGGGAUGCACAGAUUAACUCCAUGAUUGAUAUGUUGUUGGUCAGAGUGACCGCCGCCUUCCAUAAAUUCUGUGAUGUCCUCCAAGUGACCGGUCACCACCUGUUGGCUGACCACCUGCGAAAUGAGGCUUUAAGUGCCAGUGAAAGCAAGGACUUCCCGGGAGGUGAGACACCUGAACCCGACGUCUUCCGCAGAUUUCCUUCCUUGAAUAAGGCGCUAUCAGAUGUAGAGAAGCAGGUGCUUGACGGCUAUAUCAAAGAGAGGGAACGUGAAGCCGCCCUAACCGCACUAUGGAAAGGACAAAGCCGCGAGAAACAGAUUGCGUUAGAUGCGAAACAGAAGCAGAUGGAGGAAUCCUGGGAACACAUGGAGGUGAUGCAGAAGAAAGACGUGCUGAUCCACCGCCUGGAAGACGAGUGUCAGAAGGCGCAAGAAGCCCUCCAAGAAAAAACAGCGGAGUACAUGAAGCUGCUUAGGAACGCAGAAGAAGCAAAAGAGAAGCAUAAACUCCAACUGGACACGCAAAUGAACUUUAACUCCGCCAACGACAGCACGCUGCGUCGUCUGCAGGAGCGGAUCACGGAGAUGGAGACCGCCCUCAACGACAUGGACGCUUACAUGGAGGAAAAACUCCGAAAGGUGGAGCCACCGACUGAAGAGGCUCCUCUUGACAUCCAGCACCUAGACAACAAACAGGUGAGGGAGAAGAGGGUCCGAUCGUUCUUAGACCACUUUGACCGCCUUUACCUGAUUAGUCGGAAGUACGAGGACGCUCUCCAGGAGAGACAAGACGUGUUGAAGCUUUUUGCCAUCGAGGCAGACUCAAAACCGUUCUAUGCACACAUGCGUAACUUCCAUGACAGCAAUUCCGACCGUCUGGCGCGACUCUUCAAGGAGCUGGAGCAUCGCGAGACGAGGAUCUCAGAGGUGCAAGACGAGGUGGCUAAGGUGCAGGGAGAAAAAGCGGACCUGGAGAAGACGAUCGAAGACCUGAACGCCCAACUUGCAGAAAGAGACAAGCAGAUCCGGGACCUGAAGAAGGAGAUACAGGUCCUCCGCUCCCACUCUCUCACGGGGAAGUCGGCAAAGAAUACCUCUCCAAGAACCAUUGAGCCGGGGUACGUCCCCAGCGGGCACCGCCAGCGCGCGGAUAGUUACGAGGACCCGCACCACCAGCCCUCCCUCACCCCAUGGGGAAAGACACCCACCAACAACGGCCUGAUAGACAUGCACGAUGACCACCCCCUCACCAAGCCACCAAAAUUCCUCACGCCGCUGCCUCACGGGGACAGUUCCCAGGGAAGUCCCCACGGGAUAUCCCCGAGGCACAACCGCGUCGAGACCCUGGCUAUGAAGUCUUCGACCUCCAAGGGCGCCAUCAUGCGGCCAUCAGGAAAACCUCUCUCUCCCAACAGCGCCAACGUUGUAAACCUCAGUAUACCUCAGCACCAACUUCUAACGGGGGGAGUCACUAGGAAAAAGAGGUUCUAAGAAAAAUGGUGGCUAUCUGUUUAGUAUUUGGAAUAUGACUGACGUGUAUUUCAUUUUGAUCUGAACAUGGUCGGUUGACAUUUUUCAUCAUUUACCAUGUGGCCAUCAAGUUUUAUAAUCCGUAUCGUGAUUAAUUCUCAAUUGCAACUGACCGAAUUAUCGGUCACAAAGCUAAGGCCAACACUUUUGUGAACCCGGUCGCAUGGAAAUGAAUCGUGCGUAUAAAAAAAUUACACAAAAAUACCCGGGAAGACGGUGCCGUAAAAACAGAUGUACAUAUCUUACUGUAAGAAGCUUUUGCUGCUGCAUGCUAAGAUAUAUGUAAAGCUUUAUAUUUAUACAUUUGUAUUAUACAAAUUACUAAACUUGCACUGAAUAUACAUAAGAUAUAUAGAAGUGUAUUUUCUAAGAAAUGUUUUAUACACUGACUCCGUCCGGAUAUCAGACUAUAUUUUGUCACAAGUGUGUUGUUUUCACAUGUAUAGUAUAUCAGUUUUACACAGAUAUUUGUCUAUCUUAGGUUGUGUGCGUCGUUAGAAAUGUCUAUUAUAACUUUUCACAUUGUUUGUUGCAUCGUAUCCUUCAUUCUGUAGCGCUACGUUUCGAGAAAGUGUCAGCUUUUGAAUAGUUGUUAAAACAGCCCUACUAUAUUACAAUACUACCUACGCUGAACCAUAAGCUCGCCACAGGAUUAAUUUUGGUUGGUACGUAUUAAUUUCCAAAAGCAUGCUUCAUGUCGCAAACAAUAGGAAGUAAACUGUUCAAAGCGAGUUAAGUCCUCCUCUCUUUAAGAGGUCUUUGUGGCUCCUCUAGCAUUUACAAGACGAUCAUUCAAGCGAUUUUGUAACUGUAGAACGCUUUCCGGGGAGGAGCAGUCUAUCUCAAAACAUACCGCUGCAGAUGGGUUGAAAAUAUAUGCCGUGCAGCCUAAGGGGCCUGUACAGUACAGGCGUAAGUGUAUACGUCAAUAUGUGCCAUGUCCAUGACUAAUGACUAAUUGUGAUACAAAGUUGCCAUGUGAUGCUCAAAGUGUGGUGCUCAUUUUAUGGUCCAUGAUAUGUGUAUUCAUGACAACAUGCGUAUGAAUUUCUUAACUUUUGUGUAGGAUUUUGUUUUAGUCUAGAUAUAUACGUGUUUGAAUUUUCAGAUUAAGUAUCGGAAAAAGGAAGAGUUUUUCCUUAAAUAAUUUUCACAGCAAAAUUUGUUUCAUUUGUUUAAGUUUUUAGUCGUUUUGAAAUAGAGUCAUGUUUCUCAGGACAAUUUCAAAUAGUUUGUCUUGGCAUGUGACUAUGUUGCUGUCACCUAUCAGUCACAUGCAUAUUUGAUCGAGAUCAAGGCGAAAAUGUUUUUUUUUUUUAAAUAUUGAUUGUGAACAGAAUGUCUUCAUUAAUCUUUUUUACAGUAAAUUUACAUUUUAAUCAAUAUACACUGGUUUACUGAUUCACAACUGCAAGAUUCGAAAGAUACAUCGGAACUUUUAUUGUUCUGAAUCAACCGAAAUCUGGCAUCACCUGUACUUUUGCGUGAGCACCAACGGAAUAAAAAUAUUUAUUU